AAUAAAUAACUCAUAUUCGAAGUAAACAAACAUGCAGCCCGCUGCAAAUGCAGUUGGCGUGGAAGAUGAUAUCUUGUACUUGGACAAGCAGAAAUUCAUAAGCUUGGCGAAUAAGACGUUGUCUCUGUCCGACAACGAUGAGGCAGACUUGAAAGAUCUUCUUAAGCUUGUUAGUGUUAUCUUCGAACCUAAUAAGGAGGAAGCAAAGCUGGAAAGGACGACGCAGAGGACUGAUUCUGCAAGUCGCGCUCGGGGGGCAAUAUUGCAACGUUAUGCAAGUAUCAUAGGCCAAGAGAUAGCAAUUCAAGAUGGGAAAAGUGACAGUGACAAGACGUUGAAAAUACUAGACGCGCAUCCAGAAAUACCCUUGAAAACUAAGGCGAUACUAGCCUUAGUUGCUUUUGGGACCAUGUAUGGCAAAGCGCGGCUUGCUGCCCUCUCUCGCAGCACAAAUCAACUUGCGAGGUCGAUUGCGCAGUUGAAACAACAGCCGGACGUACAAGGUGAUGAUCUUAAGAAAUGGUUUGAGGCGCUCAGCAGAGUUAUCAAGCUGACACUCGACAUUGCUGGCCGGCUCAUGGAUUUGAAGGAGACACAGUCUCUCUCCGUAAACGACAGGUUGCUUUUAUCCACAACGGUGUAUAGAAUCGUCAAUAUUGUUGUUAUUUGUUGGUCACAAGUAAUGACAAUUUUGGUCAAGCAUAUCAGGAACGACAUGUACUCAUUUUUAUGCCUCCUUGAAAGUUGGGAAAGGGAGCUAAGUAAUAAACGUCAUGAGAUUGAAAGGAAAUCAUCCCGAAAAGAUUUGUUAACUCAAGAAGCAGUUUUACCUGAACAGUCCAGUCAGCUCAUAAAACCGUCGAGCAGUACUAGUUGUUGGAUGAAGCUGUGCCAAUUGCUAACUCUCACAUCUGUAAAAUCAAACAAUAAGUAACGAUAAAAUUCACCCCUUGUCUGAUCAUCGUCGUUCUGCCGAAGGUGCUUUACGAGGAGAUGAAAAGCAAUAUUGGAGACAAAAGUCACGAUGAUAAACCAAUUGUGAGAUGAUAUUAAAAUCUACUUAUAUUCUGUAUUCUUUUAGCUUGAUAUACUGGAAAUUGAUGGAUAUACAAUUUAUUUUAUAUUA